GCGGUACAUCUAACCACCACCCAUUCUCCCGGAUCGCCCGCCCAGUCGCCACCCCCUAUGUGUAACGCGCACGGAGGACGGUUGCGUGUAUAUGGAGUUUAAACGAAACAGGGUGCGCGACCGUAGCUUUGUCGUUAGUUUGAGAAGUUUAGGACAAAUGUAGUUCGCUUGCCACACUGUUCUAACCAGCGAGAGAUGCUUUGUUGUUUUACUGUACUACCAUCCCGUCCCAGCGCUUUUAGCCACGUUUUAUCAUAUUUUAACCCCUGCGUCAUGGUUUCGUAGGAUGGAAGUAGACGACGUGUCGGUUAGAGAGCAACUUUUCCACAACAAAGUGCGAGAGACUUUUAUCUGUGUUCUCCUCUUCACCUGCCUCUACAUACUGUCCUACCUCAUCCUCACCCAUUUCAAGAAGAAUGCAGACUAUAUCACCACUGAUGACAUUGAAGAUGCGACCGUCAACAAAAUUGCGCUGUGGCUGUGUACAUUCACCCUCUCUGUGGCGGUGUGUGCUGUGCUGCUCCUCCCCAUCUCCAUCCUGUCCAAUGAGGUGCUGCUCACCUUCCCUCACAGCUACUACAUGCAGUGGCUCAAUGGCUCACUCAUCCACGGCUUAUGGAACCUAGUGUUCCUGUUCUCCAACCUGUCCCUGGUCUUCCUCAUGCCCUUCGCCUACUUCUUCACUGAGUCGGAGGGCUUCGUGGGCUGUAAGAAGGGGGUGAUGGCGCGGGUGUAUGAGACGGCGGUGGUGUUGCUGCUGCUCACCCUGCUGGUGCUGGGCAUGGUGUGGGUGGGUGUUGCCCUGCUGAACAACACGGCCAGGGAGAGCCUCUACGACGUGUGGGAGUGUUACCUGCCCUACCUCUACUCUGCCAUCUCUCUGUUUGGAGUGCUCCUGCUCCUGUUGUGCACUCCCUUCGGGCUGUCCCGCAUGUUCAGUGUCACUGGGAGCCUACUGGUCAAACCAGGGCUGUUGGAGAAUGUGGAGGUGGAGAUGAACUGUGCUGCGUUCGAGGAGGCUUCUCUCUCCAGGAAACUCAACAGCGGUAGCACGUCAUGCAGAAUCAGCGUAAACGUGGAGCCUUUGAGGAUGCAGUUCCUCGGCGUCCAGGCCAAACGCAUCGCCCUCCAGAUGCGGAGGAGAGCAUCACCAUGGCAGCGUAACCUGUUCUACCCUCUGGCCAUGCUCCUGCUCCUAGCUCUAACGGUGGUGUGUGUGUUGAUGGUAUGUUUCCACGUUCUGGAGCUCCUGUUCGACGAGACGGCCAUGCCCAGAGGAAUGGGGGACCCUCGUCUGGGGACAACUUCCUUCUCCAUGUUUGGUUCUCUGGGAGCAGCGGUGCAGGUGGUCCUCAUCAUGUACCUGAUGGUGUCGUCUGUGGUGGGCUUCUACAGCUCUCCUCUCUUCACCUUCCUGCUGCCCCACACUCAGGACACCAACCUCACACAGAUCAUUGGGAACUGUGUCUCUCUUCUGGUCCUCAGCUCAGCACUGCCAGUCUUCUCUCGUACUCUGGGCAUCACACGGUUUGACCUGCUGGGAGACUUUGGGAGGUAUAACUGGCUGGGGAACUUCCACAUAGUGUUCCUGUACAACAUUUUGUUCGCUGGCCUGACCUCUGCUUGCCUCAUCAACACUCUCACCUGGACUGUGCAGAGAGAACUCAUACGUGCCUUUGGUCUCCACAAACUGCCUCUGACCGUGUCCCGCACCACCAUCCCCCUCAAGCUCCUCCUGGACAAUGGCCUGUCAAAGAUCCAGUGACUGACAUUCCCUUGACCAAUCAAUUGUCAUCUCUAACACCCGACCGGGACCUAAGCUUCCUGAAGAGCAUUCCCAUUGGAACAAAAGGCACCUUGUCUUCAGUCCUCCAGCCUAUCGGUGUCUGGAUCACCAGAAUGAAAAGACAGAAGUGGAGGAGUAGAAGUGCAGUUUGUCCAAUGGUGCAGUAGAGCGCUGCUCACUGACUAAUCACCAAUUAAUACAAGUUGACCUGGGGAAUCAGUUUAAAUCGUCUCAGACUACAAUACUGGGGUUAUAUUGGAAUCAUUGUGCACAGUAAUCUGAGCCAAAAACGAGAUGUUCUGGAACCAAUGAAAGAUUCUGGAACUGAAAAAGGGCUCUAAUCUGUAUCAGGGUUCUUGUUGACAUUGUGACAUCAUACAGAGCAUCCUGGAUGUCCUAAUGCCUUGUGAGAAACUCUGUGGGUUUGAGAGGUUGAGCUGGGACUGACUUACUUUACUCUUUGGACACACGUGUCAAAGCUAUUUUGGAACAUUACAUUGUGACUGACUGACAUUUCCUUUUCCUGCUCUGGGGUUCAGCGUUUGAAUCGUCUCUCGCUCGCUGCCGCCUCCCCCUCCCCCCUCAUGUUAAACCACUCUUUUUGGGCCUCACUCAUCCUGUGAAUCCCACUUCCAUGUUUUUUAAGACGUCUGUCUGUAAUGGUGUUGUGUUUGUUAAUGAGAGGAGGAUGUUUUAAAAAGCGGGUUGAGGGAUUACUCACUCUAUUCUACAUACCUUGACCUUCAUAUCGUGGAGGAAGAGAACGGGACAGGAAAGGGUUGUGUUCAUUAGGUUACGUUUGAAAACUUUUUGCAACAGAAAAUAAGUUUGCGUUUCGGUCUUUUUCUUUUCUUCCAUGUGGUGCCUAAUGAACACGACCCAUGACUUGUUUUUAAACUCACCACUUGGAAUAAGUGAAUGAUACAUGAAAAGAUACCUUAACACAUACAGAUGAUUUUAUUUUUUAAGGAGGUUGUGUCAUUGGUCGUAUAAUGGCAUUUCUGUUUACUUUUUCUCAUGUUUUUUUAACCCCCUAAAGGAGAGCUUCCUAAAUGCAAAGUGACGCUCACUAGUUUUGGGUGUCCUGCCUUGGACCAGUCUUACUGUGAAUGUUUUUAACGUUAAUAAUGACCUAAGUGCAAUACUGGUUACUGUCCACUGCCAAUUCCAGAUGUUUUUUUCUGUUCAAUUCAUAUUGGAAUAGUCAAUGAUCUGUGGCUUUGUUUUUAUUUGUGUCAUGGUUCUCCUUUGCUGUAUCAGCAUGUUAAGUUGUGGUAGUAUUCUUUAUGAUUUCUGUUCCGUUCAUCACCAGCAGGGGGCAGGGUCUCCAAAUUCACCAAACUCACCUGGCAGCCUGCUGAACGUUUACCUGAAGUUCUUUUAUCCUUGAUCAAUGGUCUGUCAUUAAAGUUGACUCAUUUCACUAGCCUGGUCCCAGAUCUGUUUGUGCCAUCUUGCCAACUCCUUUGCCACUCAUUGUCAUGCUAAACAGCAUUAAGAUUCCAGAAGAAUUUGGCAAGUGAGCAGAAACAGAUCUGGGACCCAUCAAUUCAAUAUAUUCUUUGGGGAGCACAAUGUUUGAGUGGGCUGGUUACUUAGGGGUGAUAAUGUUAAAGUGCUACUCUUUUUAUUAGUUAAUCAAGGGCAUUUUUUACUGUGAGACUGCAGAACCUCUCUUUAAUCUGGGAGCUGAUUUUAUUUAUUUUAUUUCGUAUUGUUUAAAAACGCUAACGUAAUUUUUUUAUAUUUUUUAUUUUACCUUUAUUUAACUAGGCAAGUCAGUUAAGAACAAAUUCUUAUUUUCAAUGACGGCCUAGGAACAGUGGGUUAACUGCCUGUUCAGGGGCAGAACGACAGUAAUGAGAAUGUGACCGUAGCUGUUGAAAUAUAUAAUUAUAAAUAGGGAGGAAAAAGGACAAAUGCAUUGCAUUUUCCUAUACAUAGUCUGUCAUCUGGAUUGGUAUGAGUAAUAAGACUGUUUAGAGUGCAGUUAGAUCUAGUGUACAUCUAUAAAUCAUCGGGUCUCAUUGUCCAGCCCAUCCCGGUUCCGGGCUGUGUGAUUGCGAGUGUCGGCCCAUCCUGUGCCAGUGUGUCUGUCUUCUGAGUGUCGUGUGCGUGUCUGUCCUCUGUCCCUCCACCCUUAGUCGCCUUGCUUUAAUCAGGUCCAGAACAAAGCUGUUGUAUUUUGCCCUGUUUGUCAUCAGAGGCCGUCCCUGACGCCGCUACAACCCAAGCCCACACACAAAUCAAGAGGAGACUCUCGAGCGCGCUCUCCUUCACCACCACCCACCUAAUCCUCUUUUUCCUCCAGUUUUCCUUGCAUAUUAUUCAUGUCCUCUUGGAAGGAAGAAAAAUAAAUCAUUGUUUCUCCUUGA